CGAAACUAAUGUCUUUCUGGUGGAAGUGAAAGACAGACGUGUUCCAGUUUGUUCUCAGAUAUGGCUGUAUCUCGUAUAUCUGUCAGGAAGGACCACCUCAGCUGUCCACUCUGCCAGGAGGUGCUCAGGACUCCAGCUGCUAUUCCCUGUGGACACAGUUUCUGCAUGCUCUGCAUCCAAGUCUUCUGGGACAAUGAAGAAAAGGGUAAUCGUUUCUGCAGCUGCCCUGAAUGCCAAUACUCCUUUCACCUGAGGCCUAACCUGAUCAAGAACAUUGCUCUGGCUGAAAUGGUGGAAGGAAUGGAGAAGUCCAAGUGUAGAAAUAAUGUGGGUGCUGGAGGUAAGCGCAGACCUGUUGAAGCCAGUCAGGAGGCAGGCCCUUCGCCCAGUCAUGCGCUGGGUGGGGCCAGACCCAUGAAGAUACCCAGAACCACUGGAGCCCCAGAGGCACUGAAGAGCAGAAUAUGUCCUAUACAUGACAGACUGCUGGAGGUUUACUGCUGUGAUGAUGAGCAAUGCAUCUGCCCUCUAUGCGCCCUGGUUGAGCACAGAGCACACAACAAUGUGUUGGCGAAUGAGGGACGGAAAAGGAAGCAGGUACUGACCUUUAUAUCAAAUCUGGCGUUUCAAGUAUCCCAAAGGUUAUGUGUAUUAUGCACAGUUGAUCACUUAUUGAUUCAAUUGAAAUAAGUAAUAAAUAACACUUCAUUACCUUGUGCAUUCAAGGAGUUAUGAGGUUAUUAUUGGUUUGACCUUGUAAAUAUUUAAUCUGUAGAUCAAUUUGCCCUCCACAGGAACAGCUCCAGGACAUUAAGAAAGAAUCCAAGCUGAGGAUCAAUAUGAGAGAACAGGAGCAGAAGGACCUGAGAAAGAACGUAAAGAGGGUUAAGGUGGGUAUACAGUAGAUCAGAGAAGGAAGUGAAUAUAGUUAUUUACAAUGCUCUCUGGACUAAACCAACUAUAAUAGUAACUCAUAGCAGCAAGGCCACAGAGUCUCCUUCCUAACUCAUGGGUGUGUACUGCCCCAGCUUUUUUAUGCCAAUGUGUUUCGAAAUUCUAAAGGCACAUUUGAGCUACAGCGUCUUUGUUGCAGGUGCACGGUAACAAUUGAAUAACAUGAGAGAAUCAUUCACACUGCUCUUGCUAGUAUCACUGCUCUUUAUUAAGCUUUACGUAUCGGCCUCAAGGCCUUCGUCAGAGCUUUUGUGAGUGUUUUUGGUCGCAAAUGGGUCUUCCAAAUGGACAAUGAACCCAAGCAUACUUCCAAAGUUGUGGCAAAAUGGCUUAAGGACAACAAAGUCAACGUAUUGGAGUGGUCAUCACAAAGCCCUGACCUCAAUCCUAUAGAAAAUGUGUGGGCAGAACUGAAAAAGCGUGUGCGAGCAAGGAGGCCUACAAACCUGACUCAGUUACACCAGCUCUGUCUUAAGGAAUGGGCCAAAAUUCACCCAACUUAUUGUGGGAAGCUUGUGGAAGGCUACCCGAAAACAUUUGACCCAAGUUAAACAAUUUAAAGGCAAUGCUACCAAAUACUAAUUGAGUGUAUGUAAUCUUCUGACCCACUGAAAUGUGAUGAAAGAAUUAAAAGCUGAAAUAAAUCAUUCUCUCUACUAUUAUUCUGACAUUACACAUUUUUAAAAUAAAGUGGUGAUCCUAAGUUAGGGAAUUCUUACUAGGAUUAAAUGUCAGGAAUUGUGAAAAACUGAGUUUAAAUAUAUUUGGCUAAGGUGUAUGUAAACUUCCGACUUCAACUGUAUUGCCUUACCUCCAUAACUUGCUACAUUCGAACACACUGUAUAUAUAUUUUCUGUUGUAUUUUUGACUUUAUGUUUUGUUUUACCCCAUAUGUAACUCUGUGUUGUUGUUUUUAUCACACUGCUUUGCUUUAUCUUGGCCAGGUCGCAGUUGUAAAUGAGAACUUGUUCUCAACUGGCUUACCUGGUUAAAUAAAUAAAAUAAAUAAAUAAAAUAAAAUCCAUUCAAUGCACUGCAUGGGGUUGGAGUAAUGUCAACAUAAGGGUGCAAAUUAAAAACACUCACAAAAGCUCUGACGAAGGCCUUGAGGCUGAUGUGUAAUGCCAAUGUGUUAACUUUAUAUGGCCUAUUUCAAAAUUUCCUGAAAUGAAAAACAAAUGUAAAUCACUAAGUCUGUCCCUGACUGUAUGUGUAACAGGAAGUCUGUCCCUGACUGUAUGUGUAACAGGAAGUCUGUCCCUGACUGUAUGUGUAACAGGAAGGUGUUAGGGCUGCUGAGGAGCACUGUGAGGGCGUCCUCUCUGGGCUGAUCGACUCCCUCCAGAGGCACUACUCCACAGUGAGAGAGUUGAUAUUGGCCCAGGAGACAGCUGCAGUGGCUCAGGUUGAGAGCUCCCUGUGCAGCCUGGAGAAAGACAUGGCUGCCCUGAAGAGGAGAGACGCUGAGCUGGAGCAGCUGGAGCAGACAGAUGAUGAUAUCGACUUCCUCCAGGUAUGGUUAGUUAUAUCACAGGCAGUGGUGUGUAUUCAUGGAUGCCAAGGGAAGCCAGGCUUCCCCCCCAAAAUGGACCAAUAAAAAAACAUAAAAUAAUGUACCUUUCGUCUCUCUGUGUUUCAUAAUUUUCCUUCAUUCGCAAGAGGCUGAAUGUAUCUCACAGGAGAAAGCAUCCGAGCGAGCGAAACAGCGCCCCUCUGUGUCUCUGCUUGUAGGCCAUCUAUCUGAUGCUGUCUGGUCCAAAUGAGUAUGACAUUGUUGUCGCCAGUAGCAUUGAAAGCAAGGGAAGCCAGCAAGCAUUUGGCCUCCCUUGAUAAAACAAGUAUACAACAUUAGCCAAUCAGCGUUGAGCUCAACUGUGAAUGGUCCUGGCGCACCAAAAAAAGCUUGGAUUUUGGCAUCACUCCUAUCAAAUCCCAUUGAGAGCACACGUCAUUGACAGAACUUGAAUUGCUUGAAUUGUUGUAUUGUAGUGUAUUAAGAUUAUGAUGGUGUUAAAUGUCUUUUUGAGUGAAACUGAAAGAAUGUUGAUUUUGGUAUCAAGAGGGAAUGUUUUAGUGUAACGCCACAUACAACAGACAGGAAGUGUGGUGUAGACACGGGGAUUGGACAGUAGAGGGAGCCACCCACAUUUUGGGAGGUUAUAUAUACUGGGGGAAAAAAAACGGAGGGGCAGAAAGCAUUGAGAUUCAUUUGGGAUUGCUUCUCCGGACUUCGCGUGUCUGUAACUUAUGCUGUAACCUCGUGAUUUUAAUAAAAGCCUUUGAACACGGUGCAGCUUAAGCAGACUCCUUGAUUGACGGCAACAACUGCAAAUAACCGACACUACAGUAUCUCGUUGUGUUGGUGUCCUCUGGUGGCUAUCUAGCUAGCUAGCUAAAAUUGGCCCUUUCCUAAAAAAGCCAUGGAUGGAGAUAGGGAUUUUGACUUGUAGUUUUACCUAAUUCUCCCUACUGGCCAAUGAUUAUAACAGCAAUUCUGAUCCAACCAUUAAUUCAUACAUUGUUGUGCCUCUGGCCUGAGAGGAUGUAAGUUAAAUAUGUAGCUAGAUGUGGAAGGCUAAGGUUAACUAGCUAAUGUUGCCGAUGAAUGGAAGUUAGGCUAGCGAGCAACAUUUUAGCCAGGUAGCCUAGGACAACAAAAAAUAAAAGCGCUUACUGUAUGACAGAGUGAUAGACCGUUUCAUCAACAUGAAAGAGAGGAGGAUGGCAUUGGCUUUUCUCUACAAGUAGGGUGAGUCAACAUGUUUUUCUACUUGCACGAACGUGCACACACACACACACACACACAGAAAUCAGAACCAUGGACAGCCACAUCAUAUUUAGCUUAAGUUGAUUGGACUAAAUUGUUUUUGGCAUCUUUUAGUUGUCACUGUAUUAGACUAAGCAGAGGUGAUUUGAUUAUGUUGAAAUGUUGAAGUUGAAAUGGUGCUGGAAUAGUGGAGGCAGCUCCUGUUUUCUUUGCGACUUGCGGUAACUCUGUGGUUCGAAAUCAAUAGUUGUUUAGUGGUCAGACAUUUUCGGAAACAUGAACUUGCUUGACCACGCUGUAGGUCAGGUACAGUGGGCAAAAAAGUAUUUAGUCAGCCACCAAUUGUGCAAGUUCUCCCACUUAAAAAGAUGAGAGAGGCCUGUAAUUUUCAUCAUAUGUACACGUCAACUAUGACAGACAAAAUUAGAAAAAAAAAUCCAGAAAAUCACAUUGUAGGAUUUUUAAUGAAUUUAUUUGCAAAUUAUAAUUAUGGUGGAAAAUAAGUAUUUGGUCAAUAACAAAAGUUUCUCAAUACUUUGUUAUAUACCCUUUGUUGGCAAUGACACAGGUCAAACGUUUUCUGUAAGUCUUCACAAGGUUUUCACACACUGUUGCUGGUAUUUUGGCCCAUUCCUCCAUGCAGAUCUCCUCUAGAGCAGUGAUGUUUUGGGGCUGUCACUGACAUGCAGACUUUCAACUCCCUCCAAAGAUUUUCUAUGGGGUUGAGAUCUGGAGACUGGCUAGGCCACUCCAGGACCUUGAAAUGCUUCUUACGAAGCCACUCCUUCGUUGCCCGGGCGGUGUGUUUGGGAUCAUUGUCAUGCUGAAAGACCCAGCCACGUUUCAUCUUCAAUGCCCUUGCUGAUGGAAGGAGGUUUUCACUCAAAAUCUCACGAUACAUGGCCCCAUUCAUUCUUUCCUUUACACGGAUCAGUCGUCCUGGUCCCUUUGCAGAAAAACAGCCCCAAAGCAAGAUGUUUCCACCCCCAUGCUUCACAGUAGGUAUGGUGUUCUUUGGAUGCAACUCAGCAUUCUUUGUCCUCCAAACACGACGAGUUGAGUUUUUACCAAAAAGUUCUAUUUUGGUUUCAUCUGACCAUAUGACAUUCUCCCAAUCCUCUUCUGGAUCAUCCAAAUGCACUCUAGCAAACUUCAGACGGGCCUGGACAUGUACUGGCUUAAGCAGGGGGACACGUCUGGCACUGCAGGAUUUGAGUCCCUGGCGACGUAGUGUGUUACUGAUGGUAGGCUUUGUUACUUUGGUCCCAGCUCUCUGCAGGUCAUUCACUAGGUCCCCCCGUGUGGUUCUGGGAUUUUUGCUCACCGUUCUUGUGAUCAUUUUGACCCCACGGGGUGAGAUCUUGCAUGGAGCCCCAGAUCGAGGGAGAUUAUCAGUGGUCUUGUAUGUCUUCCAUUUCCUAAUAAUUGCUCCCACAGUUGAUUUCUUCAAACCAAGCUGCUUACCUAUUGCAGAUUCAGUCUUCCCAGCCUUGUGCAGGUCUACAAUUUUGUUUCUGGUGUCCUUUGACAGCUCUUUGGUCUUGGCCAUAGUGGAGUUUGGAGUGUGACUGUUUGAGGUUGUGGACAGGUGUCUUUUAUACUGAUAACAAGUUCAAACAGGUGCCAUUAAUACAGGUAACGAGUGGAGGACAGAGGAGCCUCUUAAAGAAGAAGUUACAGGUCUGUGAGAGCCAGAAAUCUUGCUUGUUUGUAGGUGACCAAAUACUUAUUUUCCACCAUAAUUUGCAAAUAAAUUCAUUAAAAAUCCUACAAUGUGAUUUUCUGGAUUUUUUUCUUCUCAAUUUGUCUGUCAUAGUCACACACUGCUACUGAUCACGGGCUGUAGUAGAUAGAGGUAGGAUCUGGUUCUGAGGUUUACAACUGUGUGCAUGAUGACAUGGUAAAUUUUCACGACUAAUAAUGAUAACGCCUUCAUUUUCAUGUCUCUCUAUCUCCCUCUCUAUCAUGAAAAAAGAGAUGGCCCUCUCUCUCUAACCUUCCAGAGCCCCCUGACUUGUCCAGUGUCUCGGCGGAUGCACUCCUCCCCUUUGAGGCCUUAAGGAGUGCUGUCUCAGAGUUUGGGAAUCGACUGGAGGCUUUCUCUGAGGAGGAAAUCAGUACAGUGUCUCAAACUGGUCAGUUGAAGGGAGGAAUGCCACAGACAGACAGACAGACAGACAGACAGACAGACAGACAGACAGACAGAGACAAAGAGAGAGAGACAAAGAGAGAGAGACAAAGAGAGAGAGACAAAGAAAUAUAUUUUAUAUGAUCUGUCUCAACAGUGGCUGGUAAUGGAGGUUCCCAGUCUCCAGACCAUAGAGUCAGACCUGAACAGCUUCCAGGUGAAUGUUAUCCUUCUUUUUGUGUGUUAUCCCGAGUGUUUCAGAAAAUCAGUCACAGUUUACUUGACCUUUAAUAAUUAACAAGAACUUGAACCACAACUGAGCAUGAUUUAUUACAUAUUACGUCUGUUUGGCCUUUCUCCUGACCUACACAGUUACCAGUGCUGCACAGACCCUAGAGCCUACGACCAGAACAGAAUUUCUACAGUGUGAGUCCUAU